AUGAGGCGGGGCUUGGGCGGUCGUGCGGCCGCCGCGCUUCCUGGGGACCGGGGAGCCAUGGCGCUGCCCUGCCUGCAGCGCGUCGAGCUCGUGCUGUUCGCCGCCGCCUUCCUGUGCGGGGCCUUGGCGGCCGCGACGCUCACCCGGACCCAGGGCUCCUUCGGCGGCCGCUGUCCCCUGUAUGGCGUGGCGGCCUUGAACCGCUCCUCCCUGGCCUUAUCCAGAGGCUCAGCCCCCUCCCUCUGCUACUUUGUGGCUGGGGCCUCUGGCCUCCUGGCCCUCUACUGUCUCCUGCUUCUGCUCUUCUGGGUCUACAGCAGCUGCAUCGAGGACUCCCAAAGAGGCCGGAUCGGGCUCCGCAUUGCGCUGGCCAUCUCGGCUGUAGCCACCUUCCUGGUCUUAGUGGCGGCCUGUGUCCUUCGGUUUGGCACCAGUUCUCUCUGCAACUCCAUCAUCUCUCAGAACGCUACAAUUAGCUGCUCUGAAGCCCAGAAAAUUCCAUGGACACCCCCUGGAACCGCUCUGCAUUUUUACUCCAACCUACACAACGCUGAAAACUCUUCCUGGGUCAAUCUGGUACUGUGGUGUGUGGUCCUGGCGCUCCAGGUCGUGCAGUUGAAGUCUGAAGCCACCCCAUACCGGCUUCUGGAGAGGGGGGACCCGGAAUGGAGCUCUGAGACAGACGUCCUGGUGGGGCCACGCCUUUCCCCUUCCUGAAGUGCUUCCUGCAGCCAUUGGCUCGCCGCCCAAGUGCCUGCGGUCCUCCUGCCCCCCUUGGCCCUGUGAUGCUGAGAGCCUCAGUUCCCCCGAAGAGGGAAACAUGGAGACAGCCCCCCUCCACCUCUUCUUACAGCUGUUUUUGUACCAGAAUAUUACUAUAUGACUUCCUUCA